AUCCCGGUCAAGUGCGGGGGUGUCAUCGUCUUAUCCCGAUUUCCCGAUCCUUCCCCCAGCUCAUUCUUCCUGCCCCUGCCCGGGAAAUCGAUCGGGAGCUAGCAAGCGGUUGCAUUUUAAGUGGAUUUUCGGAUCGUCGCUGUCGGACACAACCCGGUUAUCGCCGCCAGCACCAGCACUUGUUCGACCGAGAUUAGUGUCAACUCAAUUCCACCGUGCACACAACUCGUAUGGAGCGAUCGUAGCGGACGAGUGCCCAGUAUCUCUUGCCCUGCCCCUGGGGAUGAGAUCCAGAGUGUGUGAGGUGUAAUUUCCGUGUCAUCCCGCUGCUACCAGAAAGAAUGAAAAAUAGAUACGCGCGAUCAAUCGGAGCAGCAGCAGCAUCGUUCAACGGCAGCAGAAACCGCGGUGGUGGAGGAAGAUGCUCUCAUGGCAUUUCUUAACGUGCGUGAUUGGAAUUCUCCUCUGCCACGGAUGUUUCCUAACGAAGACAACAACAAUAGCUAAUGCAAACGUAAUCCACAACGUGCUGGGUGUUCCAUCGACCUGCGUCCAUCAGAACGUAGUUCGCCAGUGUCGAUUGUCGUUCUCCUGCUGGCUCGAAGGUGGUCGCCAUGUUGCCGGCUGUGGCGACAGCCGCUGGCUCUUUUCAUGUUGCAUCAAGGACAAUGAAAUUUCUACAUCGCCAGCGAUCAUCACCUCAAAAUUGGCAUUUGCUGCACCGAUGCGACCGAUGAUAGCCCCCAUGCCGGUGGUUCCGGUCAAUCCACACUCGUACGCCGCAGCACAAAAGAGCAGCUUCCUUCGUCGACGAUCGGAUCAGAUGGCAAACAUGGACUGUGGCAUCCCUCGGACUGCCCAGAAUACUCUGCAGAAGCGCAUCAUUGGAGGUCGUACGGCAAACUUCGCCGAAUAUCCCUGGCAGGCACACAUUCGCAUAGCCGAGUACCAAUGCGGUGGUGUGUUGGUUUCACGGAUGUUCGUAGCCACAGCCGCCCACUGCAUCCAACAGGCACGCCUCAAAGAUAUCGCCAUCUACCUGGGGGAACUGGACACGCAAAAUUCCGGCAAAAUAGCCGAACCACUUCCGGUGGAGAAGCAUCGCGCUGAGAUGAAGAUCGUUCAUCCGAAGUUCCUCUUCCGAAUGACGCAACCGGAUCGGUACGAUCUAGCGUUGCUCAAACUGACCAGGCCAGCCGGCUACAAAUCGCACAUUUUGCCGAUUUGCCUCCCGGUGAGGCCAUUGGAACUGAUCGGACGGAAGGGAAUCAUAGCCGGCUGGGGCAAGACGGAUGCCAACAUGGGGCAAACCGGAACGAACAUACUCCGGACGGCGGCGGUUCCGAUUAUUAGUACAAAAGAGUGUCUUCGGUGGCACAGCAGCAAACACAUCAAUGUUGAGCUCCACAAUGAAAUGUUUUGUGCGGGUCACUCGGACGGCCAUCAGGAUGCUUGUCUAGGUGACUCCGGUGGUCCGUUGAUCAUCAGCGAUCGCGGCCGGUUCACGCUGAUCGGCAUCACCAGCGCCGGGUUCGGGUGCGGCGUGGACCACCAGCCGGGCAUCUACCACAACAUCCAGAAGACAGUCAAGUGGAUCCAGAAUGUGAUUUUAACCGUAAGCUAAGAGCUGGCGAAGAAGCAACACCUGACCUGAACCGGACCUGACGAUAAUGGGACGCAGCUAUGGCUGAAGGUGCUGUAAAAUUAGGAAUCAACAGUAUUUUUUUUAAACCCUACUCAACGGAAAUGAUAAGUCGUCUAGUGAUUGAUAAGGUUUAUCUAGUGCAAGCACUCUUUUGCUCUAAACUAGGCCGACAGAAAACAGGAUAUUUUUUUACCUUUACAACACGACAACAAGCUAUGAAUGUGAUGAUCUGAGCUUUUAUAAAUUUCUUUAAGAAUUUUAUACUGUACCUUUGUUUUAAAAAACGGGAAGAUGCUUCAACUACUACUACUACUCGGUGGGUGAUAUUCUAUUUUACGGUAUAUUAAUGCUAUUUUACCUCUUCACCUCAACGAACUAGGCACAGCGUAAAUUCUGUUAGCUUUUGAAACGUAGAAUGCGUACAUAUCUCCGUAGGCAAAUGAUAGGAAAGUAUU